UCUCAUUCAACGCUGGUUGCUCAAUACUGACCAUCAACCUCACUAGAGCCAUCUGCCGUCUUAACUAUAUACUACCGAUCUAUCUGCGUGCUACCCCACCAUCAAGUCUUUCACAAUGUGCCCCGGUGCAGACCACGAGCCCAAUGGGCAGGCCAACGCUGCCAAUGGCCGCAACGGUGAACACCCCGGCUUCACUGCCGUCGAGACUCGCCAGAACCCCCACCCCUCCGUCUCUCGGAACCCCUAUGGCCACAACGUCGGUGUCACCGACUUCCUGAGCAACGUCUCUCGCUUCCAGAUUAUCGAGAGUACCCUGCGUGAGGGUGAACAGUUCGCCAACGCUUUCUUCGACACUGAGAAGAAGAUUGAAAUCGCCAAGGCCCUCGAUGAAUUCGGUGUUGACUACAUUGAGCUCACCAGCCCUUGCGCUUCCGAGCAGUCGAGAAAGGACUGUGAGGCCAUUUGCAAGCUUGGCCUCAAGGCUAAGAUCCUGACCCACAUCCGUUGCCACAUGGACGAUGCUCGCAUUGCCGUCGAGACCGGUGUCGAUGGAGUUGAUGUUGUUAUUGGAACCUCCUCUUACCUCCGUGAGCACUCCCACGGCAAGGACAUGACCUACAUCAAGAACACCGCCAUCGAAGUCAUCGAAUUCGUCAAGUCCAAGGGUAUUGAGAUCCGUUUCUCCAGUGAGGACUCUUUCCGCUCUGAUCUCGUCGACCUCCUGUCCAUCUACUCGGCCGUCGACAAGGUCGGUGUUAACCGUGUCGGUAUCGCCGAUACCGUCGGCUGCGCUUCCCCCCGUCAGGUCUACGAGCUCGUCCGUGUCCUGAGAGGUGUUGUCAGCUGUGACAUCGAGACCCACUUCCACAACGACACUGGUUGUGCUAUUGCCAACGCUUACUGUGCCCUGGAGGCUGGUGCCACUCACAUCGAUACCUCCGUCCUUGGUAUCGGUGAGCGUAACGGUAUCACUCCCCUCGGUGGUCUCAUGGCCCGCAUGAUGGUUGCCGACCCCGAGUACGUCAAGGGCAAGUACAGGCUGGAGAAGCUCAAGGAUAUCGAGGACCUUGUUGCCGAGGCCGUUGAGGUCAACAUCCCCUUCAACAACUACAUCACCGGUUUCUGCGCUUUCACCCACAAGGCCGGUAUCCACGCCAAGGCCAUCCUCAACAACCCCAGCACCUACGAGAUUAUCAACCCCGCCGACUUCGGCAUGUCUCGUUAUGUCCACUUCGCUUCUCGUCUGACCGGCUGGAACGCCAUCAAGUCGCGUGCCCAGCAGCUCAAGAUCGAGAUGACCGAUGACCAGUACAAGGAGUGCACGGCCAAGAUCAAGGCUCUGGCCGAUAUCCGCCCCAUUGCUGUCGAUGAUGCCGACAGUAUCAUCCGUGCCUACUACCGCAACCUCAAGCUGGGCGAGAACAAGCCCCUCCUGGACCUCACGGCCGACGAGCAGGCUCAGUUCGCUGCCAAGGAGAAGGAGCUUGCCGCUCAGGCUUCUGCCUAAGUAUGGGAUCGAAAGUGGUCUCCGACGUUGGCUUUUCUUCUAAUUAUGCAUUUAUUCCGACUGGGAUAGACGUCUAUAUCCUUAUUAGAGCUUCGAUGUUUUCUAUUUUCUUACUCUUUUAGCGGCUCCCUUGGCGGAGGACGUUCUUGUUUUGCGUUUGCUGGUUUCAUGAAUGGAUGUUUAUGUGUUCUCAGGAUGGUUUCUUUGAUUUCCACGGGGUUUUCAAAAGUUGUUCCUUGUCUCUGAUGGAAAAAAGGGAGGGGGGGCCGGUGUUAGGACAGCCCUUGGUCCUCGCGUGGGACCGUGUACAUACGCAGAAUUUCGAUGCCAUAUGCAUCUAUCCUACAUAAUACAGGAUAUACCAAAGUUAAAAGUGUG